AUGGAUGAUCUCACAGUGAAACUAACGGAUGGCGCUCUUACACGAGAUUUGUUUCCGCAAGAUUAUGAUUGUCUUCCUGCAGAUAUCACAAAUGAAAGUCGUCCAUUGAAAUUCAUGGCAAUUGAAUCGAUUAAAGAUCGACGCUUUUCAACUGCUUCUGAUGUCUGGUCGUACGGAGUUUUACUUUGGGAAUUGAUGAGUCGUUGUUUACAACCUUAUUCAGAUAUUGGACCAGAAAAUUUGGUAACUCAUCUUGAAAAUGAUCAUCGUCUUAUACAACCAACGAAUUGUCCAGAUACUCUAUACAAAUUAAUGAGUAUGUGUUGGGCAACUUCCAUUGAUCAUCGUCCAUCUAUGAAUACACUUCUUCGAUUGAUGAUGGAUUUUUAUGGUCAACUAGCUCGUUUCAUUUAA